GAGGUUACACGAGGUGAAGGUGCGGGGCGCUCUGCAGGGUGCACGGUAACUGGCGCGGAGCAAACGGGAAUAAUAUUCCUAUAAACGGCCCUUGUGACUGUCGUAGGGGCCGGCGGGAGACAGGGAAACUCGCUGGUCACGGCGGAAGACGGUGCCCUAUUGAUAUCCUAAGAACUUGAAAAACAGAAAAGACCUGCUUUUAGGGGAUGAUGCUAAGGGACACUAUGAAAUCUUGGAAUGACAGCCAAUCAGACCUCUGUAGCAGUGACCAGGAAGAGGAGGAAGAGAUGGUUUUUGGUGAAAAUGAAGAUGACUUGGAAGAGAUGAUGGAUCUAAGUGACCUGCCUACCUCACUUUUUGCUUGCAGUGUCCAUGAAGCCGUGUUCGAAGUCCAGGAGCAGAAGGAGAGAUUUGAAGCACUUUUCACCCUCUACGAUGACCAGGUUACCUUUCAGUUAUUUAAAAGCUUUAGAAGAGUCAGAAUAAAUUUCAGCAAACCCGAAGCAGCAGCAAGAGCUCGGAUCGAACUCCAUGAAACAGACUUCAACGGGAAGAAGCUGAAGCUGUAUUUCGCACAGGUGCAGAUGUCCAGCGAGGCCCGGGACAAAGCCUACUUACUGCCACCUCAGCCUGCCAAACAGUUCCUCAUCUCCCCUCCCGCGUCGCCCCCUGUGGGGUGGAAACAGAGCGAGGACGCCAUGCCCGUGAUCAACUACGACCUGCUCUGCGCCGUGUCCAAACUGGGGCCAGGGGAGAAGUAUGAACUGCACGCGGGGACCGAGUCCACACCGAGCGUGGUGGUGCACGUCUGUGAGAGCGAAACUGAGGAGGAGGAACCAAAGCUCCCCAAGCAGAGAAUCACCCAGACCCGGCGCCCGGAGCCCCCCAGCGCGGCGCAGAAGGAGCCCCAGGCCUUCGACUGUGCGCUGUGAGGCUGGCGCAGCCUCCGCCGCAGCUCUGGCCGUCGCCUCCAGGGGGCGCUGUGGCCCCAGGGCAGGAGGCUGCAAGGGACCCGGGCUGCCCUUCGCUGCGGGUGGGAUGGAGGCGCCGCGGUUUCACCGGUUUGAAAUGUUGAGUGAUACUCCAAAUGGCAGGUUAAAGGAUUAGCCCCCAAGAUGUGACGCUGAUGACCGUUUUAAACAGUGACAACUAGGAACAUGGCUUCCCCACCCCAGCAAGGUUAGCGCCCCUGAUUCCACUGGGCUUGGGUACCACACAUGGAGCCGUAGCACCCUGUUUGCAGUCCCAUUUUUACAAAUUUAAAAAUAGUCUUACAGUGUUGAUCAUCUGGCUGGGUGUUUUUAUUUUGGUAUAAUGGCUUCUAAUACAUUGAUCAAGGGUAAUUGUUAUUUGGUAUACAUGACUUUUUUUUUUGCACAAAAAGAAACCUGAAAUACAGAAUAAUUCAUAAUUAUUGAUAAUGAAUAAUGAAUCUUCUUUUUUCUCUUUUUCCAAGUUUUUUUUUGUUUUUUGGUUAACCUUGGGGAAAGAAAUGCCAAAUCCACUAUGAUGAUCAGAACCAAGUGGCGCCAGCCAGUGUGUGCGCUCUUCUUACCCUUGGCAGGCUCUUAGUAGAAGCUGGGGGAGUGCUGCAUGCAGGUGGCUCUUCCUGGUAUGUCCCCCUCACCCCCAGAUGGGCUUCUGGGGAAGAACUGGUACAUGGGAAGAGGGACACAUCACAAGGAAGCUUGACUGGCUGUGGUUGGGGUGGCUGCCGCGUCCUGCCAUUGGGAACCCCAGUUCUAGCCUCUGGACGGCCAGGCCGUGUACUCUGCAGUCUGCUACCUUCCCCAGCACUGUCAGCCACUAGUUGUUGAGUUUUUCUGUGCUGUAUGUAUAUUUGUGUAUGCCAUUAAUAGUCUUGAAAGUAGAAAAGGUAACCAUGAGAUUUUUUUCUGAAGACUCUUUUAAAUUUUUCCAUUGGGAUAUUUCCAGCUUGCUGGGGAAGAAAAGUCAGGCAUACUAUUUUUCUAUGAAUUAGCAGGCGAGGGGAGAGGUCAUACUUUUGUUUUCAAUGAAAUUUCUUAUGUUGGCUUAUAGUUAUCGUUUUUCCCUAAAACAGGAUAGUUUCUCACUUAUGUUUCAGAGGUGUAUUUGAACCUCCCAAGGUAGAAGUAGUAUCUAUUUAAUGCUCUGUGUUCUAUUCAGAAUUUGCGGUCCCUCUUAACAGAAAAGGCCUGUAACUGAGCGUGCUCUGCUGUUGGCCAGGUGGCCGCUGGCUCUGUGCUGUUUUGUGUGGCAGAUGUCCAGAGCUCCCCGGACAGAUAUGAGGGAAUUGCACCGGAGUUAGAACUGAUAAACCACAGUGGUUACGCUGCAAAGAAAGAAAAAACGCAGAAAUUCAAACCAUAAUAUCUGUAUAUUGUUGGUAACAUGUUGUUGUACUUUAGUUCUUAUUAUAGUAAAUUUAUUUCUGAGGACUUAAACUCUAUUACCCAAACAACCCACAAAUUGGAGAAAACAAAAGUUUUCUGGGGUUUUUUUGCCCCUCACAUGCUGAAAUGAUAAGCUCUCCUAUUUGUAUAUAUUUGCCAUUGCUAAGCCUCGAUGUAAAUUCAGGUGAAAUUUACAAUUCCAGAAACAAGUAAUUUAUUGAAUUCAGAUCAUCAUUUGUCAGUUCAGCUGACAGCCACUCAAUAAAUUUAUUUUGCUAUUUAUUUAUUUAUAUAUUUAUUUAUUUGCAGUGGAGCCUCCCUGUGUUGCCCUGGUUGGUCUCAAACUCCUGGGCUCAGUUGAUGUUCCGGGACUCUGGCACACACCGUCACCCUGCUCCACUCCACAGUUGUAAGCUCAGGACUCUGCCUCUUUCUGAUUGCAGGAUGGACCCGACUUACCUGUCAAGAAGUGUAGAUUUUUUUUUUUAAAGAGAGAGAGAGAGAAUUUUAAUAUUUUAUUUUUUAGUUAUCGGCGGACACAACUUCUUUGUUUUGUUUGUAUGUGGUGCUGAGGAUCGAACCUGGGCCGCACGCAUGCCAGGCGAGCGCGCUACCGCUUGAGCCACAUCCCCAGCCCCAGGAAAUGUAGAUAUUUUCAACAGUUGAGAAAUUUUAAAAUUUCCUGUUAGGUAAUAUUUAUUCACUCUAAUUUUUGAAAUGAUUAAAACCCCAUAAUAUUUUGUUAUUUGGCUCGGAUUUCAUUCUCUACCUGCCAAUCAAAGAGCAUGUAAGAUUUUUGUUGUUGUUAACUCAAACAGUACAACUAAUCAGUUUAUUCUAUUUCUCUCUCUCUCUCUCUAUUUUUUUGAGAGAAAGUACUGAAUAAAUUGAAGAAAACUUUAUAAACCAAAAGUACGUGCUUUGUACUUUCUAUAUGUGUUAUUUAUAGACCAUGGAUUUAUUUUCAAAAGGCAGAUCUCAGACAUAAUUAAGCCAUGGAAAAUGCACUCAGUUUGUGGUGGGCCAGGUCCUUCGUCCAGAGUCAAGGACCUCAGACCUGUUGGAGAGGUGACCGCUGCCGUCUUUCCUUUUCCUGUCCCUCCUCUUCCUGUCCCUGUGCUUUUUUUUUUUUUUUUUUUUUUUUUUUUUCACAUUUACAUUUUCAUCUUUCUGCAUUCAAGGAAAUAAACAACUUAAAAUCAUUUUUUUUGACUGUGUAAAGGAACAGAUGAGCGGGGCGGGGGGGGGGGGGAGGAGUAGCUUCUAACUGGGGAAGUUCAUAUAAUAGAAACUCAUUUGUUUAAAAGUAUAAACUGAAAGGACCAGCUGUGUGACCCUGGCCAACCAUCUGAUAAAUACCCACUUGCUUCACAGCUCCCCAACGUCAUCAUCAGAGUGACACUGUUUUCCUUCAUCACAAAUGUGGGGCCGGGUGUUCCCAACUUGAAGGUGUCAUAAUUCCCAAAUGCGCCAGCCACGCGGCAGCUGAAGCAAGAAUAACUGCCGCGUUCAUUGGCCAAGAACAUGGUGAACGUCGUCCAGCCCGGGUUAAGAACCAUCCUGGGGCUAAGUCCAAGCACCCCUACCCACUAAAAUAAAAGCUCAUAGACUUUUCACUAAAUCAGAUGCAGGGUCUGUGCUGUAAGCCCCCAUUUCCUUUGGAAAUAGUCACAUUCAUCCAACUCUUGCAACUCGGCAUGGCCUUGACUGAGGUUUGUUCUUGUGGUACAGAAGGUUCAUGGUGAUCUAUGCAGAUAACAUGUGCUUUUCCACUUCAUCUCCUGUUUAGUCCCCAAUCAUCCAAGCUCAGAUCCGGAUCUGGAGAGAGGGCCAAUGCCGGUGCCAUUGUUGGGCCCUGUGCUCCCUGUGCUCCUCGACCCGGAGUGAGUGUGAAUAUCUGUCCCCACUGUCAUGCACACCAACCCAAGAGAACUUUCCCCACCAUCUCACUUCCUCUUAAUCGAGCCCAGGAGUUGGAUUUACUGUUGUGUCUGAACACAUUUGUGACCUCGCGUUCCGUUCUGGGGUACUGUGAGCUGUACUUCCAAAAACUGUAAUCUGUGUACACGUGUCCCACCUGUCCGUGCGCUUGGAGAGACAGCAGGGUUUGUACUUGCUUGGCCAUUGUCAGCUUUAACUCUCCUGUGGUUUGAGGACCUCUGAAUUUUCCUUGUCCUGUCGAGGGGACACAAAAGCAGAAUGUAAUUUGGGGGGGGGGAAGCUUCAUGAUGAUUUGUGACAAGUUUUGUUUUUAAAAGUAAUAAAAAUAAAGUCGCUUUUAUUUAAUCA